AGCAGCCUGAUGCAUGUGAUCAAAACUUACUGUAGAAGCACAGAAACUCAGUUUACUGGAUGUUAACUCUUUGAAACAAGCAACUAGAAAAUCAAGAUUCACAUUAGAACAGGCUGCAUCACCGUGCUGGACUAUAAACAGUGUGAAGGUCUGGCAGGAAGGCACCAUCUGGUCCAAAUCCUCCCGUGGUACAGGUCUUCUCCAGUCAGCAGCCAUGAAAUUCUUCCUCAUUGCAGCCACUGUCUUGCUUGCCCUGGCACAAGGAAGCUUUGCACAAGAUGCUGCCGACCUUGAAAAGCUUGGACAGUACUUAGAGGAGUUCAAGAACAAAAUGACUCAUGACCUGACUGAGCUGAUCGGCAACCAGGACCUGACAAGCCAGGCUCAGACCUUCCUGGAGGACAAAAAAACCCAGCUGGAGCCCCUGACCACUCAGAUUCAGGAUCAGAUCAAGACUGUUGCCACCAACAUCGAGGAGCAGAUCAGACCCCUGGCUGACAACAUGCAGGCUCGGAUCCAGCCCAUGAUUGCAGACUUCCAGAAACAGGUGGAGGCUAUGUUCCAGAAGCUGUCGGAGCUGAAAGGAGCUGCCAGCAACUAAACCAGAAAUGUGCCGUCAUACCAUCUUCUGUUUGCUGGACUGAGUUAACAGAGCUACUUGAAUUUAUGGCUGACCUGAUAGUGCAGGUACAAAUACAACAGUCUAAAAAGUGUUUCAGUUCUAAUUAGGAUUAUUCAUCAUCUCUGUCCCAGACCACAAUAAAAAAAACCUUGGAACACAACUACAUGGUACACAUUUAAUUUUGUCUAUGCCUGCAUGUGAUUUUUUUUUUUUUAAAUCACUUUACUAUUUGAAUUAUUUUGAUUUGACCAACACAACCUUAAAACAUUCAGGAUUAUACCUCUUACCAUAAAAAACUGCAUCAAUAGAUAAACCCAACCUGGAAAAAGAAAAAUCUGUCAUUUCUAACACCAUCGACUGACACAUUCCGAUUACGUUUAUGAGUUUUAUUCAAGCAAGCAAAGGAAAGUUUCACAAAACAGGCUUCUUCAACCCAAACAUUUAAAAGGGAUAAAAUGGCAGAAAGGAAUGUUUUCAAUCUUAAUUUAACUCUCCUCUAAAACCCCCCAGAAACGGAUCAUUUUUUAUUUUGACUUUUCCUCUUUUUUUUUUGCAUAUUUUCUCAUUUUAACUCAGCAAACCAGGUCUGGCGUUCC